AUGGGCAGCGGGCGCGGGGCGGCCGGGGGCGUGCUGCUGGCGCUGGCCGCCGCCGGGCUGCUGGCCGCGGGCUCGGCCAGCGAGUACGACUACGUGAGCUUCCAGUCGGACAUCGGCGGCUCGUACCAGAACGGGCGCUUCUACACCAAGGCGCCGCAGUGCGUGGACAUCCCGGCCGACCUGCGGCUGUGCCACAACGUGGGCUACAAGAAGAUGGUGCUGCCCAACCUGCUGGAGCACGAGACCAUGGCCGAGGUGAAGCAGCAGGCCAGCAGCUGGGUGCCCCUGCUCAACAAGAACUGCCACAUGGGCACCCAGGUCUUCCUCUGCUCGCUCUUCGCGCCCGUCUGCCUGGACCGGCCCAUCUUCCCGUGCCGCUGGCUCUGCGAGGCCGUGCGGGACUCCUGCGAGCCGGUCAUGCAGUUCUUCGGCUUCUACUGGCCCGAGAUGCUCAAGUGCGACAAGUUCCCCGAGGGGGACGUCUGCAUCGCCAUGACCCCGCCCAACGCCACGGAAGCCUCCAAACCUCAAGGCACAACUGUGUGUCCUCCGUGUGACAACGAGUUGAAAUCUGAAGCCAUCAUUGAGCAUCUCUGUGCGAGCGAGUUUGCACUGAGGAUGAAAAUAAAAGAAGUCAAGAAAGAGAACGGUGACAAAAAGAUCAUCCCCAAGAAGAAGAAGCCCCUGAAGUUGGGGCCCAUCAAGAAGAAGGAGCUGAAGAAGCUUGUCCUGUACCUGAAGAACGGGGCCGACUGCCCCUGCCACCAGCUGGACAACCUGAGCCCCCACUUCCUCAUCAUGGGCCGCAAGGUGAAGAGCCAGUACCUGCUGACGGCCAUCCACAAGUGGGACAAGAAAAACAAGGAAUUCAAAAACUUCAUGAAGAAGAUGAAAAACCACGAGUGUCCCACUUUCCAGUCGGUCUUUAAGUGA